CCACUCCACGCACGCAAUGUCGCUCCCAACUCACAUAGGCGACCCCUCGCCGCACGACCCGCUCGUGCUCCUCCCGCUACCGGCCAAGCUCCCGCCCUCGCCACUGCCGCAGCUGCACGACCUCUCCGCCCAGCUCACGGCACACCUGGGCAAUGAGCCAGCGCCGGACCUGCCGGUGCUCACGGCGCAGAUGCGCUCCACGACCCGCGCAAGCCAGGUCCUCCUAAACGCUGCGCGUGCGGGCGCGACCGACGCCCGCGCUGGCUUAGACGAGGCCGACGUCGCGCUCAGAACGGUCAUGUACGAGCUUGAACGGGUGCGCGAGGAGAUGGCGCAGUGCCUGAGCUAUGAGCCGAUGUACGAGUCGCUUGAUAUUCCGGACGAGGAGGCGUUCCUCGCGAGCGCGGAUGCCGAGGUACUGGCCAGCUUGCCCGCUGAUGGCGAGCCCCGAGCCCAGGCCCUCAUCAUCGCCCGCCUUGAGGCCGAGCUCGCAGCCAUCACGGAGCGCGAGGCGACGGUCGCGGCGCUCAUCGCCGAGCGGGACGGUGUCGUGCGUACCCGCAAGGCGCUGCACACGAGCUAUGACAAGGUGGACAAGAUUCUCGACGACUACGUCAAGACCACGGCCGCGAUGGCAUACAAGACCAAGGAGGUCGCCAAGGUCCCCCAGCCCAAGGCGCCCGCAACGGCCGAGCCGGCGGCUACCACCCCAGCCCCCACACAGGCAUGAUUUCCCGCAACGACAUAUUCCCAGCAUUACCAAUACCCUAU